UCGUCAUUUCCAUUUGUCAGUUUUGACAAUAUUUUGCGCUCGAAAUCAUCAAAAUGGAACAGAAAAAAAUAUUUGCCCUGUGCCAAAUAUGCCAAGCGUCAUAUAACAUUGCCACACUUCUUCAAAGCAGCAACAAUGAUUUUUAUUGUCGAGACUGUUUCAAAAGAAGCUUCUAUGCAGGUGUAUCAGGAGCUGGAGACCGAGAAACUGAAAUUGUGAACGUAAAGGGGAAAAAAUUCAUGCCUCAUCCUGAAAGAUACGUGCAAAGAUCGCAAGUGUCCAACCUACUGCGUGGCCAUCAAAACUUGAGCGUAAUGUCGUUAUCCAAAAGACCCGUUCGAUGUCCAAACGCCGACUGCAGCAAAUACAUCUCAGUUUGCACUCUGGAGUCUCAUUUUAAGCACGAACACAAAGAAGUUCCCAUUGUUUCGACACGUUUGGAUGCUCGCUGUGCAUCCGAAUUUUAUCCGAGAGAUGUUAGAUAUGGGACAAUACAGUGCAUUGUCCUUCUGAAAGUGAUAAAUGCCGAAUUUUUGAACAUGUGUCGGCUAAGCCGUAUGGCGCUUCCAAGUUUACACCCCGAAGAACAGAAACCCAUAAUGAUUUUAAUGUCGUCAAGAAUAGCCGAUCUUCAUCUAACUCCCGAAGACGCUGAAGAAGUACAUCAAAACCCACAGGUGCCCGAUGGCCAUUCACAGGAAGAGGUUUUCAGGAAGGGUGAGCGGAUUAUAGUUUGGCUGGCCUCCAAUAUUCUCACCAACCUAAGUUAUACCGUAGCAGUUUCUACGAUGGAUAACGAAAUAAGGCAGAAGUUCUUCGGGCCCAUGCUGACUUUGAACGAAAGCGCAGCUAAAGUGUGCAAGGAGGGAAAUUGCUUGAUUUUGACUCAUUUCCAUUGUAAUGGUAUGACUGAGCAUGGCGCAAAACCUCUGGCUUUAGAUGUAGUAGUACAUAAUCCUGAAUAAAAAAAAUUGUUUCUGUGUA